GAGACAACCCGGAAGUUUACUAAUUAGCUGCGAGUCGACGUAGUGUAGCCGGAGCCGACUCCAACGUUUUCCUCUCUUCGGUAGAUUUCCAUUCAAAGCAACAAUGUCUGAAAGAAAAGUAUUAAAUAAAUACUACCCUCCGGAUUUUGAUCCGGCCAAAAUCCCAAAGCUCAAACUCCCCAAAGAUCGACAGUACGUCGUCAGAUUGAUGGCUCCUUUCAAUAUGAGGUGUAAGACAUGUGGUGAAUACAUCUACAAGGGCAAAAAGUUUAAUGCACGCAAAGAGACUGUUCAGAAUGAGCUGUACAUGGGACUGCCAAUCUUCCGUUUCUACAUCAAAUGUACUCGAUGUCUGGCUGAAAUUACAUUUAAGACUGACCCAGAGAACACAGACUAUGCGAUGGAACACGGUGCAACGCGAAACUUCCAGGCAGAGAAACUAAUUGAGGAGGAGGAGAAGAGAGUCCAGCAGGAAAGGGAAGAUGAGGAAUUGAACAACCCCAUGAAGGUGUUGGAGAACCGCACAAAGGAUUCAAAGAUGGAAAUGGAAGUUUUAGAAAACCUCCAGGAACUGAAGGAGCUGAACCAGAGACAGGCUCAGGUGGAUUUUGAGGGAAUGAUCCACCAGUACAGAGAGCUGGAGAAGAGAGAAAAGGAGCGAGAGAAGGAAGAGGAUGAGCGAGAAACCAAGGAGAUGUUGGAGAAAGUCAUGGUUAAAAGGCUAAGAGACUCUGAUUCAGAAGAAGAGGAGGAGAGCAGCAGCUCACAGACAGACAAGUCUAGCACAGACAAACCAACAGACAUCCUCACCACUGACAAACCCACAGUAACCCAGGGGGCCACAGCUGGAGGAGUGAAGAGGGCCAAGACUGAGAGAUGGGAGAGGAGUGUUGGGAUACUGGGCAGUGGAGGAGCACUUGGGUCCCUGAUGGUGCGAAAGAAACCAGCAACAGCUGUCAAUAAACCCAGUCCAGUGGCAUCAACAGCUGCUUCAACUUCACAAAUCGAUUCAAAGGUUUCCAAGCCAACUGACUCCACAAAUGCUCCAAGGCCUGUUACCACACAGAAUGGUUCUUCGUCUCUCAGUCUGCUGGGGGCGUAUUCAGGCAGUGACAGCAAUGACAGUGACUGAGAGGAAGAUGACUGACACACAAUUGUAGGAAUGACACAGACAUUUAUAUAAUGACAGACAGUUUUAUAAUGCUCCACAGAAAUCAAAAAUCACGUGUGAAGAAAUCAUUGUGUUAUUGGGCAGUCUUUAGCAGCAGUUUUUUUGUCUGCUGUCCAAAUCCAGUGAAACCAAAAUAACCACUGGAUCAUUGUGUUGUUAUUAUAAAUAUAUCCUAGAAAUAUGCACUGUUUCAAUUUUUGUGAAACAAAAUUGCUAUAUUAAAAUGUUGUAUUAAAAUGCUUAACUGUCA